AUGUACCGUGAGGAAGAGAAGACGAGACGAGACGGAAAUGGGGGCGAGCGACAGGGAUCAUUAGAUCCAUCAGGGCCUCAGGGAGUCAGGGGUGAUGUCCACGUCGCGUCGUCAUCAGAAAGACGCUGCCACAGAGCGACGACGGCUUUUCCCCACGCUGCGCUGCCGCCGCCGCCGCCGCCGCACGCCGGCGCCGAUCAUCGACCGACAGGCCGCCCUUUUUCGCCGCCCCCAAGAGGCAACGGGCGGCUCGGCCGGCGGCCGCAUCCCGCAGCCGAGCGCGCGUCGUCGUCCAACGUCAGCCAGCAUAUCCCGGGCGUCCGGCGCGGCAGGUCAGCGCGGAACCUGCCGGACCAGUCCGGCAUCACGUCCGCGCGCCGCGCCGGAGGCAAGCCACCGAGCACGCGUGCUACGACCGGGCGGCCGCAUCCCGCAGCCGAGCGCGCGUCGUCGUCCAACGUCAGCCAGCAUAUCCCGGGCGUCCGGCGCGGCAGGUCAGCGCGGAACCUGCCGGACCAGUCCGGCAUCACGUCCGCGCGCCGCGCCGGAGGCAAGCCACCGAGCACGCGUGCUACGACCGGGCAGCGACUCGGCACUGUACCUGUACCGGCCAACCAGACCUCGUAG